AUGGCCCAAGAAGUCCAGUUAAUCCAACUGCAACCAAAUAUGAAUGGUUUCAACACAACAACAAUUGUGCUAGACCCCGGACAAAUUCGGCGAACUCAACAAGGCUCAAUUCUAACAAUGAAAGUCGCUGAUCAAACAGGAAGUAUAAAUGCAACAUAUAUGAAUCCGGAUUUCAGCGAAACUUGGAAGGGCGGUGAUAUUUUGCGUAUGAAAGGCGCCUAUACAUCAGUUUAUCAAGGCGGAUUAACUCUUGCAAUAGGCAGAAAUGGUGAUUGUAAAAAGAUUGGCGAGUUUUUCAUGCAGUUUUCCGAAUUACCCGAUAUCAGUCAAAUGGCUUUACCAGUUGGAACAACCGUCGAUAACAAAGGAGCCCCGCAAAAUCGGCCGAACACUUCAAUGGGACGAGGAAGGCCCAGUUAUUAA